UGUGGGAGUGCGCCUUUAAGAACAUCCGGGUGUCUGCUCGCGGGCUGCCAGACGAUGGCGGCUACCGUCCCCCUCCGGAGGAACCGGCCGGGGACUAAAGCUCAGGAUUUCUACAGCUGGCCAGAUGAAUCGCUGGACGAGAUGGACAGUACCCUGGCAGUUCAGCAGUACAUCCAGCAAAGCAUAAGGGACGAUACGUCGGACAUCGAGAAAAUUCUGGAGCCUCCAGAGGGGCAGGAUGAGGGAGUCUGGAAGUACGAGCAUCUCCGGCAGUUCUGUCUUGAGCUCAACGACCUGGCUGUCAAACUGCAGGGCGAGUGUCACUCGGACACAUGUACACAGAUGACAGCAACAGAGCAGUGGAUAUUCCUGUGUGCUGCACACAAAACACCCAAGGAGUGUCCUGCCAUUGACUACACCCGGCACACCCUGGAUGGAGCAGCGUGCUUACUGAACAGUAACAAGUACUUCCCCAGCCGGUAAGGGGGUGCUGGGCAGCAACAG